CGCUAUGGGGAUGACGAUUUUCAAGUUGCGACGAAAUUAUUGAGUAGUGGCGUAUUCAGGGCGAUGACGCAAAGAAUUUUUUUUUGGUGGAGGCUUAAUCAGCAAUUAGGAGCAAUUCAUUACUUAAUUAACUGUCCGGUGCCGCCACUCAGGCCAGACGUGUGUGGAGGAGGACUUGCCUGCGGAGUUUUGCGGCUGGCGGACUCCGCCCCUGAAGAGGGGACAACCUUACUCAAAGAGGUCCCGUGACGUCACACACCCGACCCCGAGCGUAAAGAGCCGAGCCGCCUGGCCCGACUGGCGACGAACGGAACGAAAUCUGCCGUAGGUUGUUUUAUUUGGACGGAGUUCCCCAGACGAGAAAAGCAAAUCCGCCUGCGAUGGACACAGCGUCCGUGUGCGAGUGAGCAGUGAUAAGAGGCGUCCUGUCCGAGUCGGAGGAGCAGCGUCCGACCGCAAAUUUCCACCCCGAUAUGAGCCCUCGGCGCACCGGCUAAGCUGCAAUGUCGACGAGAUCUCAGCUCACGAAGGACCUCAAUGAGAGUGUCAAAUCUCUCCUGGGCAAGAACAUAAAGAUCUUACGGAAAACGCUCGUGAAACUAGAGAAAAAUGACAAGAAGACAGAAAACAGAGUCAUGGUGUUUUCACCAUGUCGACUAUUCUUCCUCACGGCCAAGGUGCCGACCCGAAUCGACUUUCACUUCCACUACCUGGAAAUCCAGAAAAUUGAGAGCAAAAAGUCGAACCAGCUGGUGCUCAGCGUCUCGGGCAUCGAACGCACCCUUGUGCUGUACCCGAGCCAGAUCAGCGAGACCACCUCCAUGACCAGGGUGGACCCUGACAUGGCAGCCUGUCUCGAGGUCGACGGCAUGCUCAGCACCCUCGCCUCUGCCCUGCUAGUCAUCUUUCCGAGCGUUCCCAUCACGAAUAUUAUUAGAAAAAUCGAGCUAGUUCCUGAAAAGCGGCUGGAGCAGUUGCUGACCGAAAUCUCGCCGGCGGCAACUGGUACUUUUAGCGGAGUCGGACCCUGCUGUGGUUUCUCAACACAGUAUGCUUGCAUGUGCGAUUACCACGGACUGCCCUACAGAGACGAAGUGGCGUGGGACAUUGACACAAUUUACCUUUCUCACAACUCCAAGGAGCUGAGUCUGAAGGAUUUUGAGCACUUGGACCAACGCGAUAUAGUUCCAAUUGUGAGCGCCCUAGAGCAUAAUACGUGGUUCACAAAGUUACGAGCUGGACACAUUCGCAUGUCCCACGAAGCUUUGGACCGAAUCCUGCUUGUGAUAAGAAGAUCUCUGAGCAUCGAAGAGCUUUACUUAGACAACCUAGGUUUAAGAGGUGACUUUGCUCACAAGUUGUCUUUGUCUCUGCUUGCCAAUCCACAUAGUCACUUGCACUCCUUGGACUUGUCCAACAACUUGAUCGAAGACAAAGGAGUCGGUCACCUUAGUCACGUCUUCGGGAGGCUUCCAACGGGCUUGGUCAAGCUCAACCUUUCCUUUUGCGGGCUGACCUGCAAAGGUGUCAACCAACUGGCCCACGCCCUUCUGUCCAACCCGAACAUGUCCUCCACCUUAGCACACCUAGACAUUUCAGGCAACAACCUCAAAGAGGAACUGAAUAACCUGUGCAACUUCCUGGCUCAACCAAACUGUAUUUCCCAUUUGGAUGUGUCGGGAACGGACGCAACUCUAGAACAUUUGUUUGGAGCUCUUCUGAGAGGCUGCACUACUCAUCUGACCCACCUCAACGUGUCCAAAAACAGAUUCGCCUCAAAGAAGGGCAAGGAAGUGCCACCUUCUUUCAAACAGUUCUUCACCAGCACUCUCAACCUCAAGUAUCUCAAUUUCUCAGGCUGCUCUCUGCCUCUGGAUGCUCUCAAAAAUCUGCUGUUGGGCCUUGCUUGCAACGAAUCGACAGAAGGCCUUGCUCUCGACCUGAGCAACAACAACCUGAGUGCCUCUGGUGCCCACGUGAUAGAGUCUUGCAUCCACGGGGUCAGGUGCCUCGGCCAACUUGACCUGAAUGAAAACAACUUUGACGUCGAACUCGGAUCUGUCAUCACAGCAAUCGGGAAGAACAAGUCGUUGAAACACCUGAACCUGGGACGGAAUUUGGCCAGCAUGAAGCAAAAGCAUGUGGUGGUUGUGAUGGAGGCGCUGGUGCAAAUGAUCCAGGAGGAUGACUGCAUUUUGCAGUCCCUGUCUUUAGCUGACAGCAAGCUCAAAACCGACGUAUUCAGCCUCAUCAAUGCCCUGGGCAGCAACCAGUGUCUCCAGAGCAUUGACAUUAGCGGCAACAUGAUGGGAGACGCGGGUGCCCGCCUUUUGGCCAAGGCCUUGCAAAUCAACACAAAAUUAAAAAACCUGGUCUUUGAUAGAAACAACGUUACACUGCAGGGCUACAGCGACAUUGCCUACGCCUUGGAGAGCAACUACACCCUAAGGUACAUGCCUUUUCCUGUGUUCGACGUCCAGCAUUGUAUGAAGGCAUCUGCUGAGAGAACUGACAUUAUCAUGCGACGAGUACAAGAGCUCAUCCACAGAAAUGUCACUCCGAAGAGGCAAUACCACAGUCAAGCUCUUCGUCUGCAGCAGGGCUUCCUCUUGACCUCCACCCAGCAGAUGGUUGACCGUCUUGUCCUGCAAACACAAGAUUCAAUCACCGCCUUGAGUCAGGUGCCUGCCGAGGACGUCCAGCUGAUUGAAGAGACCCAAGGCCUUAUUAGUGAUGCAGAAAGUGUCAAACAGCUUCUGCAUAGACUGAAUGAGGUUGCGCUGAAGGGUGACGUAGAUGACGGAACUGGACCUGUGGACAUCAAACUCCAACAAUGUGCCAUUGAGCUUCACACAACUUGUGCAGGAUACAUUCAAAGAACCAUAGAAAAUAUGAUGACUUGUGCCAUAAAAGAGUGUCCACAUGUUCUUGCUGAUGCUCAGACGCAGCAGGAAAUUGCCAGACUCUGCAGAGCAAAAUCAUCAAUGCCAUUGGAUUUCGUCAACAACUGCAUCGUCGAACAGGCUGGAACGGAAAUAGUCAAUAAAAUCAAAGAGCUAAACCUCAUGACAGCUGCGCACCUCUCCGACAAAAUAACAGACGAAGUAAUAGAGUGCCUGUCUAGAAGCCAUAAAGCAAUUGUUGGAGACUCAAGAGCAAGCAUCAGAAAAAGAUCUUCAACUCCAGAUGUCUUACGAACAAGAUCGAGAUUGAGUUCCGAUGCACUGAAGAGUGAGGCAGGCGGCACGUCCCCCUCCGACUGCAGCCUUCCUAAUUCCACAGAGCAGUCGCCCAUGUUGGAAUACUUGAACCUUGCCACUCCGCACAUGUCUUCAAAACGCAAAAGUUUGUACGGUCGGAAACUUCGGCCUCAGUCUGUGGUGGACUCUUCAGAAGGAUUGUCGGCUGAUGACAUUCCAGACCUCCUGCCAAAAUCAGCUGAAGAGUCUCAAGACAGCGUGUCUGACCUGCCCUCUAGUGGGUCUGGCCAAGUUUUGAUGCAUCUAGUCAAGAGCCGGCCGAAGAGGGCAAAAACUCGCGCUCCAACACGGCCAAUGCUGCGCGGCAGCACCUCAGACACUGAACAGUCUUCUUCCAAGGACUCUUCGGCCAUUGCCGAGGGUCUCGACACUUUUUUCGUCAAACCAAGUCCAACACCUAGUAAUAGUUCCUCUUUGAUGAACACACCCAGAUCGCAGUCGAGUGACAACCUGAGGAAGGCGUCCCCUUUGCCGAUUCUCAAAACAGAUAAGAGCCAAAAGCCACCUGCGUCUCCACUUCUCACUUCCGAGGCUGAGGAGAGCACCUCUCCAUCUCCAGUACCAGACCAUGCCAAGCAGACUACGAUAAGUACAAAAAGCGAGACGUCGUCGCCUUUAAACACUAACAAAGUGGUUAACAAAGUUAAAGAAUCCUGUCGAAAACCGCCUCCUAUCGCCCCAAAGCCACGUCCGUGGUCGAUGUUCACUGGGGACAAAGUUUCAGGCGAGCUGUCUUUGGUCAGUGACGGAGGCUCGAGCUCGACCACUUCCGAUGCCAACACACCAGACUCGGUGGACGCUUUGGAUGAAUCGACCGAUUCUGGUCUGGUGAUUGACGCGUCCGAGACGGAGAAACAAGAGGCCAAGGAAGAAGUGGCCAAGUAAGAACAUUCCAGACUUCACUCCCUGUCUUUUGUAAGAUUAGUCGAGGAUCGAACAAACCAAAAACUUCGGUUGAAUGCUCGCGCACCCCUAUGUAAAAAGCUGUACGCCGCCGCUUUGACCCUCGCAGGGUCGUACGAUGGGAUUUGUCCAGAUCAAAGUUAUUAUGCAUAGACUGCGGUAGACACAUUCCAGUUUUCAGCACUGGUCAGGUGCCAAAAGACAAAAGUUUCAUAAUAUAUAAAAAUAACACUGUAUCAGUCACAACUUGAAUUCGACCCCCUUCCAACCUCAAGUGCUCCUCCGUUCAGGGUGACCCCUUUUUUAAUUUUGCGUUAUAUUUGUUAUUGUUUUGCCACACAACUUGAUUUUAUAUAUUUACACAUCUGUUAGUCAGGGUUUUGGGAAUUGUAUAAGUUCGAGCGACCAAUCUAGUUUCGUAUUAAGUUGCAAUCUAGCGUGUAAGGUCUAGACAUGGUUAUUUGAGUUAAUCCUCAAAAUUUUACAUUCUUCCAUUAUUCUUUUUUAUUUUGUUGAUUCUGAACAGGAAUUUUUAUAUCGACUGAAGAAGUUAAUCUUUUAAAAAACUUGUUUUAUUUAAAAAAAGCAAAAUUGUGUAAUUUACGACUUUCAGGAAACUUGACCCUCCCUUUUAAUGCCAAAAUUUACCAUGCUCAACCUGAGGACAAUUGAUUUUUCUUUUACUGUGAUGUAAUUUUAAGUGCACACGCGACCGCGUCUUUUCUCACCUGCCAAGUUUCUUCGAAAAAAAAACCGCCCGCCGCAAACCAGCCCUUCGAAACAAUUCCUCCUCCACUCUGGCUCAAAACUCGCCCUCCACCAGUGAACUUUGUCUUCACCGACUGGACGGGACGUUUAAGUGUUUUUAAUUGGCAAACGAUUUGAUUUAGCUGUUCCUGAAUAAGAGUGACUAACCAGAUUUCCGGGCUGUUUUGCACUUAGGCGAGCGUAGUCAAAUUAGGAAAAAAGUUAAUCUCUCAACAAAUCUUGUGCAUUUUUCGGUCAACUUUGCAUUUAGUGCUGAGUAUUUUCGGCUCGUUUUUCUUCCACACUUUUUUAUAUGCUCUCCUUUUGUAUUCCUUCAAGUGACAUACUUAAAUAUUCAAUAAAGCAGAAAAAUUAAACUCUAGCGUCGAACAAGAAAGAAAGCUCACUCAUCCGCUUAUUCGCGCAUAAAGCAUUCUUUUCCCACGGAAAUUCCAGAGUGUGAAAAAAACUAUACUGUGUCGAUGCAGAACCAUUCAAUUAUGUAUGUACGUGUCUCUCAAAAAUGGAUAAUUAAACUCUCGGAGAAUUGCGCCGGCGAUUCUCUUUAUAAGAUGGUAUAGUAAUUCAGGAUUAAUUGUAAGGAAAUGAAAACACGCAUUCUAGAUUUUCAAUCAAUUAACACCGAAAAAGAAGAAGAUAACCGGGAAGUGAAAGUUAGAAUUAAUCUUGUAAUUAAAAAUAUUAAUUCAUGCAGAUAAUUAUAUAACAAUUAUGGAACAUUACAGUAUUGUAUUGCAAUAAAAAAAUACAAAAUCCUUGAUAUUUGCAUUGUAA